AUGAUGCACCUACUCUUUGGCGGUACCAAAACCGCACCUCAAGAACAUAAAUGUUAUCGAGUUAACUUACGCUCACUGGAUGACACAUACGCAUGCAACUUCGUGGCAUUCCAUCAGGACGCAAUUUGCCAGAAUAUUUUGCAACCAGUAAAGGGAAAAAGGCAAAAAGAGUUACGACAGAAAGCUAUAAACCUUUCUGAUAUAGGUACGGAUAAGCAGCCGAUAUCCAUAUUCAUAGGAGCAGACAUUCUUGGAAAAGUCCCCGACGAGCGACAAGAAGACACUGCCUUGAUGAUCUCCGCGAUGUUCUCCUCAGAAGCAAGUCCAGAAAACAUGUGGAGUCUCGACGUUCUCGGCAUCGAAGAUCCACAAUUCAAAAAAACUACCAGGAUCAAUUCGGCAGAGAAGUAUGAAGUGAUCCUGCCCUGGAAGGAGAACCACCCUCCACUCUAUGAAAAUCGAGAAGUAGCAGAGAAAAGACUAGAGAACACCCUAAAGAGGUUACGCGAUCAAAAUUUACUUUAUGAAUACGAGAAAAUCUUCGAUGAGUGGUUGAAAGAAGACAUCAUAGAAGUAGUUCCGGAAGCAGAAACGAGUAAUUCAAGCUUCUACUUACCACAUCGACCCUUUAUCAAGGAAGGAAGUACAACUCGUAUUCGACCGGUCUUCGAUGCAUCAGUUCAAGGAAAAGAUCAACCAUCUCUAAACCAGUGCCUAGAAACCGGACCAAACCUUAUAGAACUCAUUUCAUCGCUGCUCUUACGAUUUAGAGAGAACAAAAUUGGCCUUAUUGCUGAUAUACGGAAAACAUUUUUACAAAUCAGCGUAGCAUUCAAGGAGCGCGACGUCAUGAGAUUCUUGUGGAAAAGAUCGCAAGGCCCGGACGAGUUUGUAAUAUAUCGACAUUGUCGAGUAGUCUUUGGAAUCGCCAGCAACCCUUUUUUACUAGGGGCUACUAUUGAUCUUCAUUUAAAACAAACAUUAAAAGAAACCGAAGACACCCACGAGAAGAGCAUCAUCCAAAAAUUGAAACGGUCCUUCUACGUGGACAAUUGUGUUACCAGCACUCAUUCUGAAGAAGAAGCGAUAUUAUUUAAAGAGAAAGCAACUUCAAUUCUGGCUAAAGGUGGCUUCGACUUAAGAGGGUGGCAAUAUUCGAACAAACUAGGUCCCAACAAGGAGAUUCCAGUACUGGGACUGUUUUGGAACGUCAGAGAAGACAUGUUGAUGUUAUCGCCUACAACAUUGUCACAGAAAACUCCAGUCAAGGUUACAAAACGAGAAAUUCUAUCAUUUACACAAAAAAUAUUUGACCCUCUUGGAGUAACAUGCCGAGUACAACUCAAACCUAAGUUGCUCCUUAAGAGAUUGUGGAACAAGAAUACCGACUGGGAUGUAGAAGUCGAGAACAACGACAAAGAAGCCUUCCAGCAAUGGCAACAAGAGUUAGAACAUUUACGUCACCUGAAGAUCCCAAGAUGGGCCUUAAAGAAUAGCGAAACCUUAUCCCUACAUCUUUUUGUAGAUGCAAGUCAGACAGCUUAUGGGGCGGUAAUCUUCGCUAGAAUCGAGCACAACAGCGAGAUAGAAGUGCACUUCAUACAAGCCAAAUCCCGAAUAGCUCCGAAAGAAAAAGCAACAAUCCCAAGAUUGGAACUAUUAAGCGCCUCGAUAGGAGCCAGGUUAAUGAACAACGUGGUCAAUGCCUUGAAGAAUCCAGAGAUCAAACAAUACAGCUGA